ACAGCUAGCGUUAUAUAGUUUCCCUACAAUGAAAAACGCGACGACAAUGUAAAUUGAUUGUACAAUAUUGAAUUCAGAGUUUAAAUGUUAAACACGACAUACAAGCUACCAGUAACGUUAAAGCCAAAUGUUAUCAUGUUAGCGGAUACAAUAUUCCUGAUUUAUAGGACAUCUUAAGACAUUUAUCAUAUUAUAUAUUAACAGUAAGCCUAUUCGAUUUGUCGGCUCAUCAAAGUUCAAUACAUUACUGUUGGACACGGAUUUAUAUUGUGCAUAUCACGCUUCAAAAAAGUGAUUUAUUUUUCAAUAUAUUAAAUCAAUUCAUAUCAUAUUUUUAUAUGAAUGGAGUAAAACCUAAAACAUUGAAAGUUACAAAAUACGCUUCUUAUCUAGAAUAUGCCGAAAGCAACACCCGUGACGAUAUAGAAGGGUUUCGUUUAAACCCCAAAAUAUGUUAUGAUGAGGACGCCUAGCUGGAUUAUUACUACAAAUGUUGUUUUGUUAUCACAUACAAUACAGACUUGCACUGCAUGUUCAGGAGACAAUAAUGAAGAUUCGGGAUGUUGGUACACACUUUGGUAUAUAUGGUUUGUUUUGGGGCUGUUUGUUGUAGUGAUAGCAGUUUUAGUCAUUUUAUACAUCAAACAUCGAACGAAAGAACGCUCACGUGCGAGGAGACGCAGAAGAAGCACACGAACAGUUCCGAUACAUAUAGUACCUACUGGUCCCCCAGGCUAUGCAGAACCUAGUCAUAAACCACCUUCAUAUGAUGAAGCAACCCGCCAACAAUCGGGUACCACAGUGCCGGGUAUAAUACCUUACUACAACGACGAUUAUGGGUACCAGCCGCCGCCAACAAGCAUGCGGAUGGUAACGUCAUUAGACAUAACCCAGCCACUUCCCCCUCCCUACGAUGAGUCUACACAAGGUCAUGCACAUCCUACGUGAAAUGUCAAAGUCAUUUAGUAAUCAUUUUCACCGUGCAGACAAUCAUUUUCAUAAAGACAAAUUAUACAGGUUUUACUUAACACGAAUGAAAAGUUCAAGGUCACGAACAUAUAAACGUUAUGAUCUUUGUUUCAAGGUAGGCAAGAAGGCCUGAAGAUAUUUCAUAAUUCGUGAGAUGCUGACAAUGGAAUAACACAUUUAUAUAAACAUGCGUUCUGUAAGAAAGCUCUUUGGAAAUGAAGCAAUGAAUGGUACGCAUGAAAUGUUGCUAUUUAAAAGGUGGAACUUUAGUCGUGUAAGACGACCAUUUCUGUAUGUGACAAUAAUCAUGAGGAUAUGGCCGCCAUACGUUCAUUAAAUGUCGAUAUGGGGUAUGUCUAUCAAAUUAGUAUAAACAUUUUUUUUUUCACAGAAAUGUAGAACGUUUGCCUACAUAAAUGUCUACAUGCAUUUAUUUUUGAAAUUAUAAUCACUGUCUUUUGAAUUCCGUCCACAACUGUUUCUGCAGAAAUUCUUAAGCAUGGUGCAUUUAUGUUUUAUGUUGUUUGAAACUGUAUCUGUCAUGCUGUCUGUACAUAUAUUUUUCUUGCAUUUUCAUUUUUUAGAUUGGAAAUUUGCACACAAAAAAAAUCAAUAUGGCAAUGCCGAAUGUUGGCAUUUCAGUACAUUUGUAGGGCUUUUUUAUGUUCGUAGUUGAAAAUAUUUUUCAUAAAUCGCAUUCUCCACAGCUGUGAAGAAUACGAUCCAACUAUUCACACAGUCAGAAUAUUCCUUACACAGAUUUCGUUAUUGCCAUAGGGAUUUGAUAGAAUGUAUGUGUAUUUUACAUUUAAGGUUACAGAUCAUUCAAUGAUCUAAUGAAAUUCAGGUUUGAAAUAACAUGGUCUAGAAGGCCAAUAAAUAAUCUGCAUCUUAUUAAUAAAACUAUAGAAACAAAUUUGACCAAAUUAGAUAAUCCGCUUAUUGAUAUACUGGUAUAUGAAAUCUCUGCUUUCUGCUAGUUAAAAUAACAUGUUUAUUUCACCAUUUUCCUACAAUCUUGACAUUUGAAGUGGAAACCAUUCCAAGUAAAAGACGACGAGACCAGAUUUUGUGUUAUGUUGUACUAAGGUCCACUGGGAAAAGGGUAUAAUAUAAUAGGCCUACGCAAUUGUGUGUUAAAAUGUUUUCCCGGAAUUUCAACCCUACCGAAAGAAGCUAUUUAAUGUUAUAUAAUGGCAGUUAACUGCUGCAUUUAUGCAACAUCAAUUGUAUAACGCAGUUGAUUAUACAUGUAGUAGAUCUAUUUCAAAAUAAAAAGAUUUUAUAUAAAUACUAGCUCUAAAAGAGAAACAGUUCUCUUAUUUAAAAAAGGGAAAAAAUGCUUACAGAAAAGGCGAGUCCGAAACAGAUGGCAGUAGCUGUUUCAAGUAAUUUGUGAAUCAAUAACAUAUUAUGAUAAUGACUUGUACAAUAUGUAUUGGCGCAUCAAGAACAUAAAAUUAUAAUCUGGUUUUGUACAAUAUAUAUUGGCGAAUCUAGAAAAUAAUAUUGAAAUCAUGAUUUGAAGAACGCCUGUUAACGAACUAAUUAUGGUUUGUACAAGGUUAGGUUUACUAGGGAAUCAAGAAAACGAAUUUGUAAUCAAGUUCUAUUGUCGAAUCAGGAAAAUAGUUUUGUAAACAAAAUGUGUACGUCUGUUGGCGAAAGAAGAACAUAAUAUUGUAAUCAUGAUUUGUUCAUUGUUGAAGAAUCUACAAAACACGUAAAAAUAAUUUGUCGAUGUCUAUCUAAUUGGCGGAUAAAGAACAUAAAUUGUAAUUGUCAGCAAAAUGUUUCUUUGGCGAACGAAAAACAAUAUUGUAUUCAUAAUUUGUACAACGUAUGUUUUUGAAUCAAGAACAUAAUUUUGUAAUUUUGAUUGAACAAUGUCUGUUUCUUGUUUCUUACAGAUCUAUUUUUAUGAUAUAUAUUUACGAUAUAACCGUUUGUCAUGCUUAUUUUUUUCGCCAUUCUGAAUGUGCUGUUUGUUUUAUUGUUAAAAUUGUUGAUCUAUUACAGUGUAUUUUUCAUUGCAUAAAGCGGAUCUGUGAUAGAAAAUAAACCUAUUAUAAUAUAUAAA